AACUUUAAGCUUGAUAAUAAAAUUUACCGAAAAUUAUAUUUCUGUCCAUAUAAAAGGUCUUGCACCUUCACCUCGUGAACACUCUCAGCAGCCGGAAACCCUAAAUCCUGAAGAGCGAGCGAGCGAGCGAGAAAGCUUCUCACCUUCACCAACCAUGACAUUCAAGCGCAGGAAUGGUGGCCGCAACAAGCAUGGUCGUGGCCAUGUCAAAUUCAUUCGAUGCUCCAACUGCGGCAAAUGCUGCCCCAAGGAUAAGGCAAUCAAGCGAUUCCUUGUUAGGAACAUUGUUGAACAGGCUGCUGUUAGAGAUGUUCAGGAAGCGUGUGUCUAUGAUCAGUACACACUCCCUAAGCUGUAUGUGAAGAUGCAGUACUGUGUUUCCUGUGCUAUCCACUCUCAUGUUGUCAGGGUUCGUUCUCGCACUGAUAGGAGGAAGCGUGACCCACCACAGCGUUUCAUCAGGCGCAGGGAUGAUGCACCAAGGCCCGGUCAGCCUGGUCAAGCACCUCGUCCUGCUGGAGUGGGAGCUCCUCCUCGUGCCUAGAAAGCAAGUUUUAAGAUUUUUAACCUUGUUGGAUCAAUUUCAUAUUAUGAACUUGAAUUCCCUUUGCUCUAUAGAUUUUUAAAAUUCCAGUUUUGUGUAGGGGUACUAUGAUUUCUUGUAGUUGUUACUUGUGUCUCUGGACGGUAGCAACAUUUCUGUUAUGAUUUGGUUGUUUUGAUGAGAAUGAACAUUUAUAA